AUGACGAGACCUCAACACGGAUGUCAGAAAAAAUAUUGUCCGUACUUACAAUGCUGGCUUCAGCGGAGCUGUUAAACAUUAAAUCCAGUACACUGUGGGAGUUGGUCCGUGACUGCUGUAAAAUCAAUCGAGUUUAAAUUCCUUGUACAUUUACUCUUCGUUCCGAGAACAGCUGUUGACUAUUUCAGUUACGGGCUGAACCAUCCAGCUGCCGCGAUAGUACUUCGAAGAAAUACAGACAACUUAAGUCAUGUAUCGCCAACGGUUUCCAGACGACCCAGGCAUGCACGUACCUCACCAGGAAACCUACACAAAUGUCAAAUAUCGACAAAAUGCGACCUUCUUUGAACGUGUCAAGAGCAGUCUUGUAGCCAUAUUGAUAGGGUUGAUGCUAAUUCUUGUGGCAUCAGUCCUUUUGUUCUGGAAUGAAGGUCGAGCUGUGCAAACAGCGCAGUCCUUAGAUGAAGGAAUGAGAAUUCUUGUUCAUCUUGACACAACAGAUGUAGCAUUUGAAAAUAACAAUUUACGUCUUGUCUACCUACAAGGACAACUCAGUUCUGAAGAGAGUCUGUUUGAUCCAGUGUAUCAAAUUUCCAUCCGUGCUGCUAGAUUUCGCAGGAUUAUAGAAAUGUACCAAUGGGUGGAACAUGAACAGAAACGAGAAAUCAAGGAAGGAGACCGUACAAGAGAAGAAACUGAGUAUUCCUACUCUCUGGAGUGGAACCAGGAAGUUAUAAAGAGUGAUUCAUUCUACAGCACAGUUGGGCAUGAGAAUCCAAACUCCAUGCCAUAUCGAUCUGAGACACAGGUUGCAUCAGUAGUGAAAGUGGGAGCAUUUCAUUUGUCAUCAGCUUUGGUGGAUCAGAUAAGCGAUUUCAGGCUGAUACCACCAGGGACCUCUGCAUCACCAAAGGAUCCAUCCCUGAUGUUUUUCAAUGGCUACUAUUAUCAUGGCUCGCCACAGAAUCCAAAGGUGGGGGAUCUAAGAGUCAAGAUUGAAGCUGCUGGAAUCCUGCCUGAUUCAAAUUUAGGACCACCCACAGAUGUAACCAUUAUUGCUAAACAAAAGGGUUCUAGACUUGAAGGCUACCAAACAGAAGCAGGAGACAUACUUGAGAUACUAUAUACCGAACUGCUCAGCCCCAAGGAUAUUUUCUCCAAGAAGCAUGCAGAUAAUACACUAAUGACAUGGGCCAUUCGCUUUGGAGGCUGGUUGCUGAUGUUUGUAGGAUUUGGUUGUCUAACCAGCAUCAUUACAACAUUAGUGGACUGGAUACCCUUGGUGCGUGAUCUUGUUUCUGUUGGAGUGGGUACCUUGAAUAUGGCUCUUUCUGUGUCUCUCUCUCUUACUGUCAUUGCACUUGGCUGGAUUCGGUAUCGACCAUGGCUAGGUUGUACUAUUUUAUUUAUGGCAUUUGUGCCAUACAUACUGGCCAGGUUCCGGAAGCCAAGUCCAUUGGACACCCGAUACCGAAAUGCAUAACUCCAGAAACCUGGAAACAGAGUUUUAUUUGGUUUUUGUUUUUCAACUGUCAUUCAGGUUUGUAUGACAGGGUGUGGAGUGAUAAAAGUAUUCUUUACUUGUUUGUUGAUUGAUAUUCUUAAUCUGUUAUGUGAUGUCAAUUUCUCUAUGGUGAAAGAAAAAUAUAAAGAGAAAUAUUAUUUCUAAUAGUUUUAAACGACUAAUUAAUUACAGAUUAAUGUGAUACAGGAGAAUAUCUCAUGAAUAAUAACAGGGACACUGUGGCAGUUUACAAAAGCUGUUUAUCUCUAUGUUGUAUAAGCAUGUUUCAUGCUGGUUAGUAUAAGAUUUUACUGUACAUUUGGCUCCGAAGUGAAGUUCUACCCCAUUUGUUUUCUACAUCGCCAAAGAAAGGAAACCUGUUUGCAUAUAUAUACACACACUGUAGUACCUCAGCACCUAAACUCCUUUGUUCUCAAACAGCUAGGUCCUUGACCAAUAUAUUUUAGAGCUGUUUUGAUGUUUGACGCUUAGAAAACAUACUAAAACCUGUAUGAAAUUACAUGUUUAUCCAUAGAUUGGGGUGAAACAGAGGGGAAAGAGUCACUUUGCCCUCGAUUUUAAUCAGUAAAAUUCUGUCUUGGUGCAGUGUUCAUGAUCUCCACCUAAAAAUAUGCAUGAACUGUGUGUGAA